AUGGCAUCCCUCAAUACAAAUUUACCCCAGGAGGGUACCUCCAGCUCAGCUGGAGGAGAAUCCCUCCCCGCGGCCUCGGCCGCGGGCAGCCCCGCGUAUUCUGGGGGGGGCAAGGACUGCUACUCAAAUACAACGACGACCCUGGCAACGGAAAUGGACAUCGAGGCAAGUGGACAGGACGUAGUUUUAAGACAGGAGGAAAGCGGGGGCACGAGCACUUCGACCCAGAGCGGGAGAGAUCAGUGGCUCGAGUCACUCGCCAACAACGGGCGCACGCUCAGAGUUAUGCUGACGCGGUGCGACUCGUUUGGCAUGGACAGUGGCGCUACAGCGUCCAACACCGAAUUUGACUCGGACUCCUCGGCCGCCAGCUAUAUGUCUGGCGUGUCCGGGGAGUCCUACAGAAGGGCCUUCCUCAAAAGAGGAAGGGGCCCCCCUUCUGACCCGGAGGAGACGAGUGGCGCUGCUCCCGUCAAGGGGGCAGCCCUCAAAUUAAAACGCGGACGGGGCCGGCCCUUCAGCGUCGAUGCCGAUACCGAGGUGGCCGCGUCCCUGCGAACAGCGAGAGAGGCAAGGGCCACCAUACCAUCCGGCCCGGCCCAUCUCUCGCUGUUCGAGACAGAGGAGGACCAGACCAGCGUUGCCCUCAACAAAUGUGUUGAGGCAUCGCUGAAGACGAUUAUAGACGUGGCAACAAAGUCCACCAAUAUAAAGGGGACGUUGGUAAAAGCGCUGAAGGAGGCGGCGGCAAACAUCAAAGCCGCCGUCUCCCAGCUAAGAGAGCGGACGAUGUCGGAGGAGGUGGCGCGGCUGGAAACAGCAAAUGCGCGCCUCCACAGAGACAUGGAGGAGCUACGCCGCGAGCUGAUGGAGAUGAAACGGCGACCGGCCCAGCCCGACGAACCAGACAUCCAGAAGCUGCUAGACGAGGUAUCGCGGGCCAACGUGGCAACGUUCGGCAGCAUGCUGAACGCCAGGCUGGCUGGACUGGAGGAGCGUCUCCUCCCCGAUCCACGCCGCCGGCCUCCGCUGGCGGCGGACAGGAGAACGGAAGGUGACGGCCCUCCCGCCUCGCUCCCUAAGGCAAAACAGGGGGCAAAGAAGAAGGGUCCAGCAACUAAAGAGCCCCUGCCCUCAACAUCGGGCACGGGGGCCCAGGAUCGGGCGUCAAUUCCGGCGGCGGCCCCAGGCGAGACCCCGUCGACUGAUGGGCAGCCGCCUAAGGCACCGCCCAAAAGGAAGAGGAAGGGGAAGCAGCCGAGCCUGGCCGCUAGAGAGGCCGCACAGGCGAGGGAUAGGCCUGCCCCUACGCCCGCCGAGGCCACAUGGGCCACGGUCGCAGCACGCGGGGCCAAAAAAGCGGCCAAAAAGGCGACCAAGGGGCCGAACAAGGCUAGCCCCCCUGAGAGGAAGGCCAAACUACGGGCCCCAAAGACCGCGGCAGUCACUCUCACUCUCGCUCCGGGAGCAGAGGAGAGUGGCGUUACAUAUGCCGCGGUCCUAACGCAGGCGAAGAGCCGCAUUAAACUUGCGGAACUUGGUAUCAGAGAUAUCAAGUUCCGCAAGGCGGCCACGGGCGCUCGAAUGCUGGAGGUAGGUGGCGAGGCAGCCUCGGAGAAGGCGGACUCUCUGGCCACAAAGCUUAGAGAGGUGCUCGGCCCAGAGCUGGUCAGGGUCGCCAGGCCGGUGAAACGCGCCGAAUUGCGCGUCACCGGCCUCGACGACUCUGCCACCGCGGCCGAGGUAGUGGAGGCAGUGGCCAGAGAGGGAGGUUGCGCGGCCGAUAACAUAAGGCCGGGCAGGCUCGUUUUCGGCCCGAGGGGGGAUGGCUCCCUGUGGCUGAGCGUACCGGUGGCGGCCGCCAAGAAGGUGACCGACACCGGCCGCGUGAGGGUCGGCUGGACCUCGGCCAGGGUGGUGCUUCUCCCCUCGCGGCCAACGAGGUGCUUCCGCUGCCUCGAGACGGGGCACAUGGGUGUCACGUGCUCGUGUGAGGUGGACCGCAGCAAGCUUUGCUUCCGCUGCGGAAAGCCGGAUCACCGGGCACGGGACUGCUCGGCGGACCCGAACUGCCCCGUCUGUGAGGCGGCGAAGAAACCGGCUGGCCAUUCCGUUGGCGGCAACGGCUGCGUCGCAGCCGGACAAAAGCCGGCGCUUGGAGGCAGAGGUGCGCCUAAGAGUAGGACUCGGCGCAAUGGUGUGGAGCGAAUGGACACCAGUUCAUAA